AUGGACCCCGCGUCUCGAGAGGGGGAGGGGAGCGGGUGGGAGGGAGGCGGCGGGGACGGGGUUUAUUUUUCAGCCUGGCUUCCUCCUUCCCGGCGCUUGUGCCGCCGGCCGCGGCGGGGAGAGCUCGGGGCCAGCCGGCCGCUCCGGCCUGGUUCCCGGCGCGCGCGCCGGGGCCGGCCGGCCUGGCCCUUCCCCGGUGGCCUCGCCGCCUGGGUCCGAUGCACCGCCGACGACCCGCGGCCGGGCCCGGACGAGCCCUCGCGCCGCGCGGAGGACCGGCGGCGCAGCCGGGCUCCUCCUGCGGGCCCCGCGCGGCCGGUCCGAAGAGACGAGAGGCUCGGUGGCCCUCUCUUUGGGCUGAGAGUGCGCGGGCUCAUCGCGCUUCGCGCCCCCCGACCGGCCGGGACGCAGGCUCUUGCGGGGGUUGUGCGGGGCGGGGAGGAGGGGGCGGUUGGAAGGCGCUAA